AUGUCGAUCAUUCCAAGUUUCUUUACAGGCAGAAGGAGCAACGUAUUCGAUCCCUUCUCCCUCGACAUUUGGGAUCCUUUCCAGGGCUUUUCAAGUGUCCUCAACAACCUACCCGAAUCAUCACGCGAAACAGCACUAAUCACCAACGCCAGAAUCGAUUGGAAGGAGACGCCGGAGGCGCACGUUUUCAAGGCGGACAUACCUGGGCUGAAGAAAGAGGAGGUGAAGGUGGAGGUUGAAGAAGGAAGGGUGUUGCAGAUAAGCGGAGAGAGGAGCAAGGAACAUGAGGAGAAGAACGACAAGUGGCAUAGGGUGGAGAGGAGCUCCGGGAAGUUCUUGAGGAGAUUCAGGCUGCCGGAAAAUGCAAAAAUGGAAGAGGUGAAAGCUACCAUGGAGAACGGCGUGCUGACGGUGACCGUGCCCAAGGCGGAAGAGAAGAAGCCGGAAGUGAAGUCCAUCGACAUUGGUGGGUAA